AUGACAAGAAAGGUAAUAAAAGGAAGUGUGAUAGCUGAUCUCCUGGCUGAAAACCCAAUCAAUGAUUACGAGGCUCUAGAUUUCAAAUUCCUAGAUGAGUAUAUUAAUGUAGUAGGCGAUGAUGCUGAGGGACCAGAUGAUGUGUGGGAAAUGUAUUUUGACGGAGCAGUCAAUUUAUCCGGUAAUGGGAUUAGAGCAGUGCUGGUAGCCCCAGAUGGGAAACAUUUCCCAAUAGCUGUUAAGCUAAGAUUUUACUGUACUAGUAACGUAGCAGAGUAUGAAGCCUGCAUAAAUGUCUCACCUCAUCAGCUCUACAAUCUUAUCUCACCAUGGCCUUUUGCAAUGUGGGGUAUUGACGUAAUUGGUCCAAUUAAUCAAAAAGCAUCCAAUGGACACAGGUUCAUUUUGGUGGCCAUCGAUUACUUUACUAAAUGGGUUAAAGCUACCUCAUAUGCUCACAUCACUCAAAAAACAUUUUUGAAGUUCCUUAAGAAUAAUAUUAUCUGCUGGUAUGGUCUUCUUGGUGAGAUUGUCACUGACAAUGCCAAGAAUUUAAAUGGUCCGAAGAUUCAAAAGUUGUGUGAUUAG